AUGCCAGAAAAAGGUGAGUUGGUCCCAAAGACUUCUGAGGGGGCAUAUCAGUCCGACUUUAUCCAGCAGUUUUUUUCAAACACAGUGAGAAUUAACAAGAGAGCCGUGGAGAAAGCUCUGCAAGAUGCGCUCAAAGAGAAUGCAACAACAGAGGAAGGGAUUGAGAAGAAGGACAAAAAUGUGAUCGGAUCUUAUGACUGGGCAAGGGAAGUUGGAAGCUUCUUAAAAAAGUCUAUAAAGACUUUGAAAAAGAAAAAGGAGUCAAGCAGCCCAUAUAGUAAUACAGGGGGCUGUGUUCUGAUAAUACUGUAUUGGUUCUGCCAAAAGACUGGAAAAAUCAAGCCAAUAUCUGGAAGGGAGAACGAAGAUCAUGGGAUGAGAAAAUGGGACAUCCAGAAACUGAUAAAGAAUUGGCCAAGUUUUAACAGCUUGAAAAAAAUAGAGAAAAUAUUUGAAAACCUGAAGGAGGAUAGAGAGGAAUCAGAAUCCGAGGAAGAGGAGAAUAGAUCAGAUGAAGCAAAGACAGUUCCGGAAGGAGAGGAAAAAGGAGCUGAUGAUCAGAAUUGUGAAAACGAAGAAGAUAACCUAGAAGUUGAGGUGGCUGAACAGGAAACAGCUUCAGAAAAAAACAAAUGGGAGAAAGAGCUUCAGAAAAAGGAGGAGGAGAUAAGAUAUAUGACUGCGGAGAAAGAUAAUUUGAAGAAAAAGCUGAACGAAAAGGAACAGGAACUAAGGAAAAUCACAGAGGACAUGGUGAAUCUGGAGGAACGAAAUGCUACACUUGUGACCGAGAAUUUCUGCCUUGCUUCAUCGGUGAACGAGUUAGAGAUAAAAUUGAAGGAAUUGGAGAAAAUGUUGAGCCCAAAGACUCGCACCUCAACAGCAGCUCAGCAGCACAGCUCCCCACCUCCUAACUCAACAGAAGGAAAAAAUGAAUUAAAUGGAGCUGCAUCUAAGGUAGCUGAAAACACAAAAGAGAAAGAUCAAUUGACUGUUGAGGAAGGUCAGUCCCAUGGGAUCUGCACAGUCAAAGAAUCUGCAGAAGCAGCAUCUCAAUCUCCACCUCACUGCACAGUGGCAGAAGAAACUAAAUCUACGCCUCCAUCACACAAGGAGUCACAGUUCCAGAGCCCCACAGUCCACAUGCUCACAGUGGCAGAAAUGGAACAACAAGCUGACAAGUGUCAGAUAGUGAAAAGUCCUAUAGUUGAAGAAGCAUUUCAACUUCGUACGUUGAGCAUAGAGAAAGAGAAGAAGACACCAGAGCAGAGCCAAAAGGGAGAGUUAACAAUGCACCUUACAGAGCAACAUUCCGGUGAAACGAGUAUACUUCUGGGAUGGAAGACGUUGUUGGAGAAAGAAUCACAAGGCUUGGAUGUCCCAACUUUUAUGAAUCCCUUAUGCUGGCAUUCUGCAGAAAAUUUGACGGUGUAUUAUGUACAUCUGUACCUCUGCGAACCACUAUUUGAAAAUCUGGCAAGAUCCAACUAUAUAUUCUUCCCAAUCUCAGAUGAAUCAGGAUUUCAUCAUACACUGCUCAUUUUUGACAAGGAAUUAAAGAAAUGGUUCCACUCUGAUUCAAAAAGACCAAAAAAAUCAUCAACUGGAAAAUGCUUUCAAAAUGUUCAAAAAAUGGUUGAAAUGGUAGAACUUUGGAUGACUGCCGUAAAAGAACAAGCAGAUGACAUGGUAGAACAAGGUUGCAGGAUGAAAUUUGAUGAAAAGAACAGUUCAGAAGAACAACUGAAAAUGAUAGAAGUUCCAUUGACUGAAACAGAGAGAGAAAGCAUAAGGUGGAUCAAGGAUAACUACAAACGAAAAAUGACAGUGACAGAACUCAAAGACAACCAUCAGCAAGGAGAAGAUUCAUUGGAUUGCGGACUUUUUGUAAUGUACGCAAUGGAGAAAAUUUCGAAAAAAGGGAAAGUUCCCAAGAAGCUCACAAAGGAUGAUAUUUUGAAAUUUAGAGCUCAUGUGGUAAAGUCAUUUGUAGAACGUAGGAACAGCUGGAACUCACAACAUAAUGAAGUGUAG